AUGCCUAUGUUAUCAAAGGCAGCUACGACGUUCCGGCCAUUCUUGCGCUUCCAGACGCAGCACCAGCCGGAGCUCUUUUCCUCAAACCCUAACCUCCUCCACCACUUCAACAGCGGCCAUGGCAUCGUACAGGGCGCAGCUCAGACCGCCGCUGGAUCCGGCGGCGCUGCUGGUGGCGCAGGCCGCGCAUACGGUGGCGCUUCGGGAGGAUACACAGGCCACGCACGGGCGUUUCUCACUCUUCCCGGAAGCAACGGCGACAUUGCCGGUGUGAACACGAGCGCAGAGGAACGCGAGAAGCGAAAGGCCCGCCAGUCGGCAGGUAUGGCGCUCAAGCGCGGCGCCAAGGUCCCCGAGCCCACCCUUCCCCGCACCGUCAUGAUGAAGGACCGCAUGGCCCCGCGGGCCGGCGGCCAUGCCGUCGCAAUGGUCGAGAUGAAGGAGGAGGACGCUGAGCGGGCAUCCAUCACGUACCCUGCGUGGGCUGCGCUGCCGUCCGACGCCUCCCCCGGAGGCGCCCUCUGGGCCCCCGGGUCCGCACCACGACGCAUUGGCGCGCGCGCGUUCUCCACCUCCGUCCAGCGCAUCGAGGAUGACGAGAUUCCUGUGCCCCUCAUCUCGGCUACCGGGCCCCAGCACCUCGAGCAGCCCAACCGUGUUCUUCAGGACCUUGCAGGGCUCGACCUCGGCAGGCCCGGCCGCGUCUCGCAGAGGCGCCGCAACUCCACCGCAAGCGUCGUCCGCUCUGAGACCGAGGAAAUUCCCGGCUACGUGGCGCCUGCAGAGGCCGAGGUGUCGCCUGACGCCAAGAUCUAUAACGCAAUCUCGCAGCUGGGUCGGUCAGACCCCGAGUUGGUACACCGCAUCAUCGACUACUACCGCCAGCCGCGGAACUCCGCGUCGAUCAAGGGUCAGCCUGAUCUCGAGGAAAAUUACCCCCUUCCGGCCGGAUACACGGUGGCAACGUACAACGUGAUCAUCCGGUUCCUCUUGAGGCAGCGUGAGCGCGGUGCCAGCAUUGCUCCCAUCCUGGACAUCUACAACGAGAUGCUGGCUCGCGACGUUGUGCCCAAUCUCCGCACGACGACGUUUGUCAUUCAUGCGCUGUGCGUGCGCGAGGAGGACGUGUCGGCGGCAUCGCAUCGGUGGCUCAACGAGAUGGAGAGCCAAAAGCUUCGCCAGCAGGCUGGCGUCCCCGUGGCCACCGAGGCCGACAAGAAUGCCGCCGAGGUGAUCGAUGGGUACCAGCACGAGCAGAACUUUGCCUCGGCGCUCAACCUGUACCGCGUUUCUUCGACGUUCUUCAAGAACAGCCGGGUGCCACGCAACGUGAAUACGCUUGACGACCUGCUUGCGGCCGCAGCUUCCUCGAUUGGUCUGCCCCACGCCCCAACUCCUGAGUCGAUCGAGUUCCUGCUCAACGAGCUGGACAAGGUCGCCACGCAGCCCCUCGACGGCGUGGCAGCUGCGUUCCAACUGCUCGCGGCGAAGAAAGACCUGGACGCUAUCAAGUCGCUAUGGGAACGCGUUCUCGCGGGACGUCCCGACCUCUCCUCUAACUCCACAUACGGCACGCCUGCUCUUGUGACGCAGAUUGAGGCUGCCAAAGCCUUUGUCGCUGCCGGUGACAAGGCAAAGGCCCUUGAGAUCGCCAACACGGAUGGGCAGGGCCGGACCUUGAUCAGCUACCGCGUCGUCUCGGCGUUGGCAGAGGCUGGCGACAUUGACGAGGCUGUCAAGCUGCUGCGCGAGGUUGGAAAUGAGAGCCAGAGGUCCGAUAGCGCUACCAUCGACGUGGCCGAGGCUCUCAUCGCUGCCGGGCGCGUCAAGGAGGGCGUCGAGUAUGCGGCGGAACUGCGGCGCGCAGCGCUGGUGUCUGGGAAGAAGGUUGACGCGCGUCGCAUGCGCAACAUGUACGCUCGCGUCCUUGCGGCGGCUAUCAAGAAUCCCGAGGAUUCCGAACUCAUGAAGUCCAUUGCUGACGCGGCGGCAAACUGCGCCCCGUGGCCCCCAAUCGAGUUGGUGGCCCGGCACAUCCAGCUGCUUGUCGACACGCGUCGUUACGCCGACAUCAACCCGCUGCUUCUUGUCGGCGGGCCGCUCAACGAGCAGAAGGCUCGGACACUUGACUUCGAUCGCACCCUGUUGCGCGAGGCGUACGCGGACGUCGUCGCCUCCGAGGCGUCGAUCCCGGUCGUGCUCCAGGCGAUCCGUGGCUUUGCUCGUCUCGGCGAGCCCCUCGCGGACGCCAACGACUCGAUCCCACUCCCGAUCACCGUUGUCGACAAGUACGUCAAGUCACGUGCCGGCGUGCAGAACGUCGGCGAACUGGGCAUCCAGCUCGAUGGCUGGUACCGUCUCCUCCAGGCAUUCGAAGCUAUUCCGACCUCACACAUCGACGCGGGUGCAGCCGACGCUGCGCUGGGGACCUUCAUGGCUGACCUCGCGGAGGCACAGAAGUCGGGGGGUCUGAAACUGCCCAACACCAUGUUCACCACAACCUCGAUUCAGCAGCUCGUCGACAUCCUUAUGGCCCGCCUCGGCGUUGAACACGCUUCCGAGCUCGUUACCAACGCGUUUGGCGAGCGCGCGACGCACCUCCUACCCACACCAGAGCACACUCCUGCGGCUUCAGAGUCUGAGUUUACGUUGCCUCCGACGCCCGACUCUGCGCAAUCGCCGCCUGGUAUGUUGCAGCCUGUCUCCAAGCACACACUGCACAUUAGCUCCAAGCUCGACGGGCUCAUUGACCGCCUGCAUGUGGCCAUGCCUCCCGUUACGCCUGUGCAGGUGUACGAGACGCUCCGCGAGAGCAUCUCGCGCGACAACACGGUACCCGCGCCGGACGUCAUCGGCCGCCUUAUCGCUCAGCUCGCGCGUGCUGGUGAAGAGGCCAAGGCUCGCGAGCUCUACCAGCUCGCCCAGGUCGUGCUUGCGUCCUGCCUCCCCGACCCGCAGCAGCAGGCUGCGGGCUGGCGCGCAGUCGAGGACAGCAUGAUCGCCGCGUGCUGCUUCCUCGGCCAGCUUGAGCAGGCGGGCAUGCACCGCGCCCGCAUCAUCGAGGCUGGCAUGGCUCCUUCGGCGGACGCUUACGCGACGAUGAUUGCGUCGUCGCGCGACUCUACCGACGACGCGCUCGUCGCCCGCGAACUCUUUGAUGAGAGCCAGUCGCUCGGUGUGGUGCCCCACCUGUACCUCUUCAACACCAUCAUCUCGAAGCUCUCCAAAGCCCGCAAGGCUGAGAUGGCACUCGACCUCUUCCAGCACAUGAAGGCCGCAGGCAUCCGCCCCUCGUCUGUCACCUACGGCGCUGUCAUCAACGCGUGCUGCCGUGUUGGCGACGCCGAGAGCGCUGAGAUGCUCUUCGAUGAGAUGGUCAAGCAGCCCAACUUUAAGCCUCGUGUCCCGCCCUUCAACACUAUGAUGCAGUUCCACCUCCAGACCCGUCCUUCGCGCGCCCGGGUCCUGCACUACUACGACUCGAUGCGUUCUGCCGGCGUCCGCCCCUCGGCCCACACGUACAAACUUCUCCUCGACGCGUACGGCACUCUCCCGCCAAUCGACCUGACCGCCAUGAACCGCGUGUUCGCCGACCUCAACGCGGACCGCAAGGUCCCCGUGCAGGGCACGCACUGGGCGUCCAUUAUCAUGGCGUAUGGUGUGCACGGCGGCGACGUUCCCAAGGCUGUCUCGAUGUUCGACUCGAUCGGCUCGCACCCCUCGGCGAACGGCGCCGUUCCCGAGCCUGUGGUCUGGGAGGCGAUUCUGAACGUCCUCGGCCAGAAGGGCACGCUUGAGGAGCUCGAGGCCAUGCGUACGCGCAUGGUCACGAGCCGUAUCCGCCCGACCGCGUACGUCUGCAACGUCCUGAUCUCGGGCUACGCAAAGCACGGUCAGAUCGAUCGCGCGCGCGACGUUUUCGAGUCCAUGGCCGACUCGGUAACGGGAGUCGCGGCACCCAACAACCACCCCGCCCUCCUCACGAGCAGCGGACACGUCAAGCCCGCAAGCACCACGCAGCACACGGACAAGGUGUACCGCGAGCCGUCGACUUAUGAGGCCAUGGUCCGCGCUGAGCUGCUGGCCGGCGAGCGUGGGCGCGCCGAGGCUGUGCUCGCACGCAUGGAGGAGCGGCGGUAUCCCGUCGCGGUGUGGAUGAAGGCCCGCGCGAUCAUGGACGAGCAGAUCUAG